AUGGGCAAACCACGGAUGAUUAUUUUAAUCCGCCAUGCUCAAUCCGAGGGAAACAAAAACCGCGAAAUCCACCAAACAAUCCCCGACCACAGGGUGAAGCUCACACCUGAUGGCCACCGUCAGGCCCUAGAAGCAGGUAUCAGAUUACGUGGACUCCUCCGACCAGACGACACGAUCCAUUUCUUCACAUCACCCUAUCGCCGAACCCGGGAGACAACCGAAGGUAUACUCCAGUCCCUCACCGCCGAUACACCUUCGCCCUCGCCCUUUCCAAGACACACCAUCAAGGUUUAUGAGGAGCCACGGUUGCGAGAGCAGGAUUUUGGCAACUUCCAACCAUGCUCUGCAGAGAUGGAGCGCAUGUGGCUUGAGAGGGCGGAUUAUGGGCACUUUUUCUAUCGGAUCCCAAACGGUGAAUCUGCUGCCGACGCAUAUGACCGAGUUAGUGGGUUCAACGAGUCGCUGUGGCGGUCGUUUGGGGAACAGGACUUUGCCAGCGUCUGUGUUCUUGUCACACAUGGUCUCAUGACGCGGGUCUUCCUUAUGAAAUGGUACCACUGGAGCGUGGAGUACUUCGAGGAUCUCCGCAACGUCAAUCACUGCGAGUUCGUCAUCAUGAAGCUCAACGAGGACAAUGGCAAGUACACACUUCAAAACCAACUUCGCACAUGGUCCGAGUUGAAGAAGGAAAAGGAGCUCGAACAUCACCGGGAGCGGACCGCUAGAGGUCUUGGGCCACCUCACCCAACACCUUCCGAGGCGCCUGUUCCGAUUCGGCGCAAAUGGGGUGGUUGUCCUGAUGGAUGUAACCAUGGAGUCCAUAAGAAAAGCUCACGGUCAUCCCGAGCACAUGGCGGAGACCAACCCCGAAACGAACCGGAUGCCCAGCACACACAGGCUCAAACGGACCAGGGAACGACCGCCCCUCCGGAAGAGAAAAACACAGUGAACAAGGGACAGACACUUAGGGCACCAGAACCAGCACUCGGCGAUCAUUCAAACGACGAAGUACCGUUGAAGUCGCUCCCACCAAACCCCCAAUAUCCCAAGGCCUGUCCGCCUAAUUUCGACUCCGAACAAGCCACCCAAUCAGACGCCACCCGUGAUACCUAUUCCUCACCAGAAAAGCCAACAAAACCGAACCCUAGACGUCCGGAUCUAGCCCAUUUCCAUCGCGACAGCGAAGACCACCUCCUUCAUCCACCACGCCUGAACUACGGGCUGAUUCACCUCGUCGGUCGAGACGGAGGGGGCACCCUAAGCGGCGCGAAUAGCGUUGCCGCGUCAGAAGACGAGCAUGAGCAUCACCACCAUAAUUAUAAUGAUUGUCACCAUCAGCACGAACAGCACGAACAGAAGCGUAGCGAAAACACGAGGGCUGGCAUCAAGCGCCAUAAGCCGCGUCCAUCGCAAGAUCUGGAUAACGACGGUGAUGACGAGGGUAGCGGGAGGCAGACUCCCAAGGUCCGUCGCACCCGUCAUCGUCAUGAUAGAGACGAAGAGAAAGACGACCUUGAACAAGCACGUAAAGAAGACCAGAGUAUUAGAGGGAGCGUUUACUGA